CUUGGCCUUCCUGGGGGGAAUCCUCCCUAGGGAGCCCAGGAAGGAGCAUGGCGGCUGCAGCGACGGCUUGCGUGUGACUAUGGCCGACGACGGGAGUCGGCACAGGAGCAGCUCGCGGGCGACGACGGCGAUUGCGCUCCAAGAGGGCGGCGACUCUAUGGGUCGUUGCCACAGUGGUGGGAGACCCAGACUUCGACCACUCUUUCAAGCUAGCGGCAGGUGACCGCGGAUCAAGCGCUCAAGCCACGCCUCCACGGAGGCAUUUGGGCGCUGUCCUUCGGGAUCCUGCCGUCAUCCGAUGUUGUUAGAGCCUAGGCUCACGCAUCCUUCAGCACGCGCCGGACGAACGCGAUCAACGCUCAAGUCAAGUCUCCAUGGGACAGCGGCAGAAUCCGCACAACAGGAGGUGCAGGGCCCCUGUUCUGUGUCUGCCAACCUCGUGGGUGGCGAGUACAAACCACCUGACCUCGCUUAAGGUCGCGCUUUGCACUAAUUUUCAGACUCUCCCACCAGACUCUGGUCCAGAGAGCCCCCUCCCUAGUGACGCUUUGCACAGGUGAGGCCCCCGGUCUUUAGUAGUCGUUAGCGAUCGUAUUAGCUAAGUGACAAUAAUGAUCCUCAAUUCAAAAACAAA